GUUUCUCUUAGCUUCCUCCUUUGUUGUUCUUGCUGCCUAGAGUCCAUCGCACGAGAUGGAUCCCUGUCCUUUCGUGCGGAUUGUUAUUGGGAACUUGGCUCUGAUGUUUCCUGACAAAACCCGUUUCUCUACUCUUUCCUUCUACUGUAAAUUCAAGCUCAAGGGCUUCCCUGCUCAGGUUUCGGAUGUCCCGUUUCUUGCGUCGGAGAGCGAUGCUGUUGACAGCAGGAUCCACGGUUGUUUCGCCAUGGGCAGGGCGGAGUUGGAGAGGUUAGCGGAGAAAUCGAGCAAGUUUUCUUCUUUGAAGAUUGAGAUUCACAGGCGGAGUAGUAGAGGGAACAGUGGUUGUGUUGUGGUGCAGCUGGAUUUGAAGAGUAUUUUGGAAAAUAAUGGGAAUAGCAGGGCGUGUGCGAUUCAGAAUGGGUGGGUCUGGAUUGGCGGAUCGGAUGUAAAAUUGCAUUUGAAUGUGAGGGCUGAGCCCGACCCGAGAUUUGUUUUCCGGUUUGACGGGGAGCCCGAGUGCAGCCCGCAGGUUUUCCAGGUCAAUGGGAAUGUGAAGCAGCCUGUUUUCACUUGCAAGUUCAGUUUCAGGAAUUCCGGGGAGAGGACUUUGAGAUCCAGAUCCUCGCUAUCAGAACCAAGCACCUCGACUAGUUGCUUUAGUUCAGGGGCAGCCGAUAAUGAACAGCCCUUAAAAGAGCGAAAGGGAUGGUCAAUCACCAUCCACGACCUGUCUGGAUCCCCGGUCGCUGCUGCAUCAAUGGUGACACCGUUUGUUCCAUCACCAGGCACCAAUAGGGUCAGCAGAUCCAAUCCAGGAGCGUGGCUAAUUCUUAGGCCUGGCCAUGGCACAUGGAAGCCAUGGGGCCGCCUGGAGGCAUGGAGGGAGCGCUCCAAUGGGGACCACCUUGGCUACCGCUUUGAUCUCAUCCCUGAUGGUGGCAUUGACACAAUCCCUCUGGCCAAUUCCAGCAUUAGCACGAAAACUGGUGGAAAAUUCAGCAUUGAUAUCACCACCGGGCCGACCCCAAUGACAAGCCCUAAUAGCAGUUUUGACCUCAGCUCAGGUUCAGGUUCCGGUUCGGACCUAGGAUCGACAUCAGGGUCAGGAUCUUGGGCGCACCUCUUGUACAGAGGAUUUGUGAUGUCGUCCACGGUGGAGGGUGAUGGCAAGUGCAGCAAACCUGAUGUGGAAGUGGGGGUGCAGCACGUGAGCUGCACCGAGGAUGCUGCAGCUUUUGUGGCGUUGGCAGCUGCCAUGGAUCUCAGCAUGGAUGCUUGUAGGUCAUUCUCUCAAAAGCUCAGGAAAGAACUGAGACAGCCGGAUCUCGAAUAGCCCUUCGGGUCGGGUUAAAGUGGGAAAUGGGUUUUGGGUUCUCGGAUUUGCAAGUUGCAAGUGACUCACCCGUCAGCUUUUACUUGUUUUUUGAUUUCUUGCCUGGAGUGUACAGUCAUCGACAGCUAUUUCUUUCUUUUUUUGCUUUAAAUGUAUUUAUUUAUUUAUUUGUACAUUAUUGACAGUUUUCAGUUUAAAUGUUUAAUCAUUUUUGUGGAA